ACUAAGGCUUCAUGAUGAAAGCGCUUAAUUUCUUUGUCCUUUUAUUUCUUUUGUCUAAUAUAGAAGCAGCAUCAAAUUUGAGUUGGCUGAAUGAGAUCUUGGAUAUUCUGGGGAGCAAAACGUUUCGGCAAAUGUUGGAGCUAGUAAUUCCUAUGAUAAAAGGAUUUUUUGAUCCGGAUGAUCUGUCAUUUGAUUCGGGGCGUUUGAAAGCAGAUUUAGAAAAAUCUCUCUUCGGGCAGCCCAUCGCAUCUGAUGUUGUAUUAAAAGCUGUAUCGUCAUUUAUGAGCGACAGCAACCCGAACAAACCGCUGGCGCUCUCUUUCCACGGAACUACAGGAACUGGAAAGAACCAUGUCGCUAAAAUCAUCGCAAGAAACGUUUACAAAAAAGGGGAGCAGAGCGAGCAUAUCCACUUAUUUUUACCUGAACUUCAUUUGUCAGACACUGCACAGAUAAAGCAGUUGAUUCAAAAAAGUGUGUCAAGUUUUCCCUGCUCCAUGUUUAUAUUUGAUGAAGUGGACAAGAUGCAACCACAGCUGAUUGACGUCCUAAAACCUUUUCUAGACUACAAUUCUUACGUAGAUGGAGUGUCUUUCCGCAAUGCCAUCUUUGUUUUCCUCAGUAAUGCAGGUGGGAAUGUGAUUUCCGAAGUGGCUCUGGGUUUCUGGAGAGAAGAAAGACGUCGGAAAGACAUCAACAGCAAGGAACUGGAGGCUAAAAUCUUGCAACAUAUCAUGAAUGAAGAAACAGGUGGAUUUUCAUACUCCAGUCUAAUAAAUAAGCAUCUGAUUGAUCACUAUGUUCCUUUCUUACCUCUGGAGCUGAAGCAUGUGCGUCAGUGUGUCAUGGCUGAGAUGGUUCAUCUAAACAUGACUCAAGACUAUGGUCUGGCAGAUCAAGUGGCCAGAGAUAUGCCUUACUACCCUGAAAAAGAGAAAAUAUUUGCUGUUAAAGGUUGCAAGUCGGUCAGACAAAAGUUGCCUCUGUAUCAAAUAUAAUAGAUGAACAAGUUCAGCAGCACCUGUUGCCCACCUGUUGUGUAUUUAAAAGACAAAUACGCAAAAUGUACCAUAUUAUCCAAUGUAUUUGGAUACUUUUAAAUUAUGCUUACAAUCCAAACCCAGUUGGACAAUAUCAGGAACAUUGUUUUCUUUCUAUUGCCACUCAGGGUAGACAGAAGUGGGUAGACUGCAUGACAUGGAGGCGCCUGUGCAAUUCCUUGAAUUUUUUUUUUUUUUUUUUUU